GGCAGUUUGCCUUUUCCCCUUGUUUUCCCGUCGAUGUGUUCGCACGAGGACAGGGUCUUCUGCAGCCGCCGCCGAGACCACGAGCUCCCUCCGCCGAAGACCACCUCAAUGGCGCUGGACCCGACGGGCCGCUUGCUGCCGUCGUGGGCGCCCGGGUGGAACUCGUGCGGCAGCGGGUUCGAGGCGUGGCCUGCGACGGCCGCGGCGGGUCGCCAACCUCUCGCCGGGCUCGCCCCGCUCACAGACCUCUUACCCUGACCGCUCGACGUCAACAGCUUCUCCGGGCCCAUCCCUCCCGAGAUCAGCACCACGGCCUCGCUGCAAGCUCAGGCUCCUCAACAAGGUUGUCGGCAGCGCACUGGAGGAGGGCGAGGAUGGCGCAACGGGGAGAGCGGGGUACAUUGGAGGAGGGCGGCGGCGGCCUGGGCUAGGUCGAGGAGGGUUGUGGCGGCGCUGUGAGGCGGGUGGAGGGCGGCGGCACUCCGUGGCUCUGUGAUUGGUGAGGAGGCGAGACCAACUUUAUUUUUUACAGUAAUGGGAAAAUGUGAAAAAUCAGAUAUGCCCUUCCCUAAUACUCCAUUGAUACUCCAUUGAUGCUGGGUGGAGUAUUAGGUACGGCAGAAUUUGUCUUUUAAGAAUAAAUACAUUCAUAUUUAGUCAAUUUUAAAUUAAGAAUUUAAGAUCAGACGGAGUACAAAACAAGCCUUUGCAACAACACCCGGUACUACACAGCAUGUAGCAUCAAAAUGCUCAUACAAAUUGGCACUCGUAAGAUCGUGGUUGCAGGACACAGCACGAGUGAGCUAUUCAGUUACUGACGGAUUAUAAUUUCACUGGGGCACGAGUGUUGCUUGCCUGCGUGAUACACAGUUUCUCAGUCCGUGGAGACCUGCAACAAACCGGUGCAGAUGCAAGUGUGGCUGGGGCUUGAUGACAUGAUCCAGAUCUAGACAAAGCCGAUCGACCACAAUAAAUACAGUCGUUGUACAUGUCAGUACGGACGUGAGGACCCAAAACUAUGUAUAUACAUGUUCUUUUGCACAGCAGAUAAACGACCAUGAUUAGGACCGGGAACACCACCUGCGCUCUGCAUGCCGGCCUCCUUGACACGCGCAUUGCAUCGUUAUACGUACCCCUCCCCUAGUAAGUUAUUACUCCUAAUUUUAAAUUCUUAACUCAAAUUUGUCCAAAUAUAAAUAUAUUUAUUCUUAAAAAGAGUCUAGAUACAUGUAAUAUUUUGACUGCAAUUUAGGAUCGGAGAGAGUAGUAAAAUCGUAGAUCUACCGCUGCUAAUAGCCUGCCAAACAAACAUGAUAAUGAUAGGGCCCUCGCCCCUCGCCCCGCCUUUGCACUGAUCACCGGUGACUGUAUAAUCUGGGAAGAACGUCCAUGCUGGAAUCACUGCAUUCAGUUGGCAAAAUUCCUUACCCUCUCCUUGAGCGCAAAAAAGGCUCCCCUUUACUACAUGGUACCAGGUUAGGUACAAACUUCGCAAAGUUAUACCCUGGCCUACCCAUGUGUUUCUCUUCUUUCAAUUGGAAUCAGAAACCAAACCAAAGGACACACAUACCUAUUUCGGAUAUUGACACGACAAUAAUCCAGCGGCACUGGGGCACAGUUAGUUAGCAAAGGACCUAUUUCGUACUAUCCUUCCUAUCUCUCUUUUUUUCGCGACGACCAUCGUCCUUUCUAUCUCGGGGAGGUAAAGCCAUGCAUGGAUGGACCAUAUCGAUCAGAGCAGAGAAGAAGGUCUCAGCUCGCUGGUUCCUUGUCGUUCUGUGUGCAUUUGCGGCUCCAUGUUUUGCACCAAAUCUGCAGAGCCCAGCAGCUCGCCCAUAGCUAUAGCCCCUACAGAUUUCCAGUUUUUGCCACUGUUGCGUCAGCGCCACGUACGUACCGGACGGCCGUCGACCUGGAACAAACAAAGAAGCUAGCGCUAUAGCUUCUGGUGCACGAGGCCGUGCACCCCUCGUGGCUCGUGCCCCUUGGCCUACAUCUACCUCCCUCCCACUCCACGUACGUCAAACCACCCCUCCCCCAUCCUACAUCGAAGGCACACGCAUCUCUCUCGCCCCCCGUUUCCCCCAUUAUAGAUAGCACUGAACAAGUCCCUCCUGAAUCCUCUCGAUCACUCACUCCGUUUCUUGGCUGGCCGUCCAUUGGCAACGACGAUCGACGACUCAAUCCAAUCCGCGCGCUCCGGACGGACGGACGGACGGACGAUGGGGAAGAACCCACCGGAGCUGUACUACGAGGUGCUCAACAUCGCCAAGGACACCACCUCCCCGCAGGAGAUCAGGGCGGCGUACAGGGGCCUGGUCCGGCAAUGGCACCCCGACAAGCACCCGCCCUCCUCCAAGACCGAGGCCGAGGCCCGGUUCAAGGCCAUCACCCAGGCAUACGAGGCUCUCCUGGACCAGCAGGAGGACAGGGCGGUGUUCAGGGCGCGCAACGUCGACGAAGACGGGAGGAGGAGGAGCUGUGCUUCUAGGGCCGAGAAUGCAGCCGGCGGCGGUUUGCCGGCAAUGGCGCCGCGGGCACCGUGCAAGAUCAGCGCGACGACGUCGUCGACCCGCAAGGCGCCGGCUGCUGCGAGGGAGUGCUCCGGGCAGACGAAGGUGUACAGCUCCACGGACGUCGGGCUCGGGGGCCGGCGCGCGUUCGCGGAGUUCUCCAGCUACGUGGUGCGCAAGGCGCCGCCGCUGGAGUGCAAGGUGGAGUGCACCCUGGAGGAGCUCUGCGCCGGGUGCAAGAAGGAGGUCAAGUACACCCGCGACGUCGUCACCAAGAACGGGCUGAUUGCCAAGAAGGAGGUGACGCAGAUCAUCCGGGUGAAGCCGGGGUGGAAGAAGGGGACGAAGGUGACGUUCGAGGGCAUGGGCAACGAGAGGCCCGGCUGCCUCCCGGGGGACGCCGUCUUCACGGUCUCGAUCCGGAAGCACAAGGCGUUCAAACGCCAGGGGGAUGACCUGGUGCUCAAGGCCGAAGUGCCGCUGGUGAGCGCGCUCACGGGCUGGUCCUUCUCGUUCCGGCUGAUGAGCGGCGAGAAGGUGAGCUGGUCGUUCCGCGACGAGGUCAUCUGCCCCGGCUACGAGAAGGUCGUCAAGGGGGAAGGCAUGCCCGUCGCCGGCGGCCACAGGGGCGCGCGCGGGGAUCUAAGGGUCAAGUUCGACGUCGUCUUCCCCGAGAACCUCUCGGAGGAGCGGAGGACGGGCCUCGCUGAGAUCCUCAGGGGCUGUGCCUGAAUGAACUGAGGUGGAGUAAAUUUUGUCGGUGCCAUGUGCGUUAAUUCUCCGGAAAGAACUUGAGAUCAGAUCAGUGUAUACUUUCCCAUUUUUUUUUCGAAAAGGAGGACAGCACCGGCUCUGCAUCGAUCGAUGAACACAGCCAUAAAUUAUUAAAAUUAUUCAAAGUACAA